CUGCAGGAGUGAAACUGAUAGAAGGAUAGAAUAAUAGCAGGCAGUGGUUGAAUUGUUUUCCGUUUUCAUCAACAGCAAAGAAACCAAAAUAUAUACAAAUACAACAAUCCAAUCAUGUCUUCUUCUACGUCAUAGAAAAAAACUAAUAUAAGAAAGUAAAUAUUCUACAGUAAUGAUGAUAUAUUACAAGGAUUCUACAAUAUAUUACAAGGAUAUUUCUUAAUAGAACUCACCGAUUGUCCAUGAGCAUGAGUACUAGCUACAAGGUAUGUGUUAUAGGCGGUGCAGGCUACAUUGGUUCUUGGCUUGUCAAGCAGCUUUUAGAAAAAGGAUACACUGUCCAUGCAACACUCCGCAACUGGGAUGAUGUGUCCAAAGUGAGCCUUCUGAAGAGCCUUCCUGAUGCUGAUGAUAGACUAGUGCUGUUUGAAGCUGACAUUUACAACCCAAUUGAGUUUGAGCAUGCAAUUGAAGGCUGUGAGUUUGUUUUCCAUGUAGCAACUCCCUUACAACACACUGAAAAUUCCCAGUACAAGAACAUAACUGAGGCUGCCAUAGCUGGGGCAAAGAGCAUUGCAGAAUGUUGUCUUAAAUCAGGAACAGUUAAGAGGCUAAUCUACACAGCAUCCGUGGUGGCUGCAUCUCCACUGAAAGAGGAUGGGAGUGGAUUUGGAAACUUGGUGGAUGAAACCUGUUGGACUCCUCUCAGUCUUUCAUUUGCUGGUUCUAAUGGUCAUCGUAAGGCCUAUGUGGAUUCAAAAACACUUGCAGAGAGAGAAAUCUUGAGCUAUGGGAACCAAAAAAAUGGUGGACUGGAGGUUGUGACUCUGGCCUGUGGCCUUGUUGGGGGUGAUGCACUUCUGCCUUUCACAUCCUCGAGUGUGGCUGUUUUUAUUUCUCAGCUUACAAACAGUGCAACCGAGUACCAAUUACUUAGAUUUCUGGAGGAAUUGGUUGGGAAAAUUCCUAUAGUACACAUCGAUGAUGUGUGUGAUGCCCAUAUCUUCUGCAUGGAAAAACCUUCAAUAAGUGGUAGAUUUUUGUGCGCAAGUUCAUAUGUUUCAUCAGCAGAAAUUGCUACUUACUACCAACAAAACUACCCAAUAUUUCAAGUGAAGCCAGAGUAUUUGGAUGGACCAAAAAGAGAAAUUGUCUGGGGCUCUACAAAGCUUGAAGAGAAGGGUUUUGAAUACAAGUACUGCACCAAGAUGAUAUUAGAUGAUUGCAUAAGGUGUGCAAGGAAUAGAGGUGGCACUGACUUCCAAUGACAAAUGGUCCAGGCUUGUAUAGGAGCUUUUUAUGUAUACUAUCAGAAUUGAAUUUCGAAUAGCAAUUUGAAUUUACAUUUAAACUUUAAAUUAUUGAAUGAAAAAUCACUUAAUUA